AUGGUCAAUGCAAAUCCACAUAAAAGUCAUAAAUUACCCUCGAGUUUUUUACAAUGUAACGCAUCACAAGGUUCAAAGACACCACCAGUCUUACUCGAUGUUGUAUUUAAUCCACAACCCCAAGAAGAAAAAAGAAAUCCUACUCUUGAUAUUACUAUUUCCGGAAAAUUUACGGAAGAUGUUACCAAAAAAACCUUUACUGUGGUUGCAUUCGUUGAUGAAGUAACUCAACAACUCGCAUUCCCCCCCACUAUAUUAGCUGCUUGCACUGGAAGUGAAUGUCCAGUUAAAGCUGGUAAAAACUUUAAUCAAACGGUGGAAGUUGUACUUCAAAAACAAUCUGAUUAUCCUUAUCUUAUUCCGACCAGAAUGGUAGUUAGUGUUGCAAAUUCAGAUACUGAUAUUCUGGGAGAAAUGUAA